AACGUCAAAGUUAUGCGUGUGAAAUUAUUCUUGUGCAGAAUUUCCAUAGACACUAGAGGGACAGUACCACGUUGUUCGCUACAAUGGCCGAUCUGGACGAUUUUUUCGCGAAAAAGGACCGUAAAAAGUCGAAAACAAAGAAAUUUGCUACCGCGGAGGAACUUGCCAAACGCAUAGAGGACACAGCGAAGAAGGCGACCGAGACAAAGCCACGGAAAGUGAACCCAACAAACACCGAAGAAGUCGAAUCGAAAACUCCACCUGUAGAAGAAGAGUGGAAAGAAUUCGAAGAGGAAAGGAAAGAUUACAGCGGUCUCAAGUUGGCACAAUUGAACAUAAACGAGGAAGAACAAAAUCAAACCAAUUACGGAACGGACGAAAGUGCUGCAGCGACGGGGGAAAACGAAGGCGAGAAAGGUGCGGACAGUGUGGAUCGCAAAGGCUCAGGAGCUUGGAAGGUGGUGGAUUCGUCAGCGGAAGGAUCUGCCGACAAACUUCAACAGCAGUCAAAUGCUGCUGGAUCCAAUGCAUACAUUUCGCCCGCGAUAAAAAAUAUGCGUUUGAAGGGCAAAAAAGGAGUUGCCCCGGAUUUGAAAAACGAGGAUUUCUUCCCAACACUCGGUGCAGAACAGCCAGACGCUUCGCGGACUAAGAAAGAUUCCACAUUCGAGGAGGUGAAACACGGUGGCCGCGUCAGACAGUCCGACAUAGCGUCGGCAGCACCCCUAUCAGUAGGUAAUAGAUUCACUUCGCUGAGUAAUGAUGCGAGCUAGAGAGUCCCGCUUGAUGUUUUGAUGCCGUGAUUUGUGUGGAGGAAAAAGUACAUCUCAACCUAAAGCUUCACACAUAGCCGAUUCCUUCUGGCGCGACGAAUAGGAGACCACAGGAAAACCCCAAAUGCCGGAUUAUCCUGUUUCAAGCAACUCGCUUCGAGUUUGAGAGACGGAUGGUGUAUGAAACUACGGAGAUUUCCAACAAGUCUAGCUUUCCUACGCCAAAUUACGGUCAAACAGGUUUUUCAAAAUUAUUUCGGUAUUGUAAAUGGAACAGAAUUAUCCGGUAUGGAAAACGAACCAGGCAGUUUUUUUUUUUACGAAAAUUUAGAUCGUCUUUUCUAUAUUUUUAAUACAUAAUGUAACACAACGAUGAAAACUCAUUAUGUAUGCCUUUUUGUGUUAUUCGAAACUGUAGUCCAAUCUUCAUUUACUGUGGGUUACUCUUUAAGAAAUUAUCUGAAACUACGUUAUUAUUUACAAUAAAAAAAAGCUGAACUAUA